CUCCUGCUAUCAACGCUAUCAGGGCGAGAAUGUCAUUCUGGAUGAGAGGCAUAGCUAAUCCGAUGGAGAAAUAUGCCCUCUUCGUGGACUCAACCAAUCAAACAGAGACUGAUUUUAUCUGGACAAACCGGGCUAUGUUCAACUGGAUCAACGUGACAGCUGUCAGUCAGUACGUGGGUGAAGAUCCGCCUCCUAAACCAGUUUGGAUAAGACAGGCACAGUUCGGCAUCGUUGAAGCAGAAGUCAACAUUUUACUGAUUAAAGAGUCCUUCCUAGACCAAAACAAGAUAUUUGUCAGCCAAAAUGACACUUUGAAGUGUAACCGGACCUUUACAUCUUUGAAUAUUGGUCCACGAUCACCUGCCCCGGAUGUAGUAAACUGCAGUAUCAGUCUUCCAAAUUUCGACAGGCAGCUGGAAAAUGGAGACAAACUGACUGUGACCUACAGAACUAAGAGUGGUGGAUAUCGUGAUGUGGUGUAUGCUGAUAGUCCUAAUAGACUAUACACCACAAACACUUUUGGAGAAUCCCCAUGGAGUGAGAAGGUAGUUGAGUUUCGCUUUGAUACGGCCAAACCAGAACACUGUAAACUACAAACUCCGUCCUGUGGAAACAACAUAUUUAGCGUGGAUAAUGACAUCCAUGUUUCAGAAACUCCAAUUAUUUUGAACUGGAAUGGCUGGACUGACUCUUUGUCUGGAAUGUUCCGUUACGCAUGGGAAGUUUUCAAACUGGUGCCAGACAUUAGCGGUAGACUGCACGAGCAAUAUCCACUGAAACCUUUGAAGAUAGAGGAAGUGAUGCACGCAAAUCUUAGUAGCGUGACGCCUUCUUACCAAACGACAGAUGUUGGGAUGUAUUCGUUCAUCCUAGAAGCAUCAGAUUUGGCAAACAACUCUGUCUUUAUCAGACGCUUAUGUCUGUAUGACCCAUCAUCUGAAAUCACACUCGAUUCUGAGGCGAUGAAAAUAGCUUCAGGUACAGGAUUCGGCGAAGAUGUCUGGACUUCUGAUAUAACCAGUUCACUGGUCGUUAGCUGGGAGAAUCAUUUCGUUAACAAGAUUCACGAAGACAACAAACUUCUUAACCCUGUGAAAGCGUAUCCACAGCAACUGGAAGAUGGCCUGAAGAAAAUUACGAACGAUGACAACGAUGGCACAAGGACAGUGAAAGCCAUCGACAACAGCCGCGGCAUCGUCAAGUUCGAGGUUGCCCAUGAGGUGGACAGUAGAGGAGGGCAAGGACAACACGAGCCGACGACUGGAUGGAGAACUUUAAAUUCUUCUACUCUGAUCACAACUGUCAGUCCUAAUUAUGCAAGUCGAGGAGACACCGUCACUAUAUGGGUUCGAGCUACGGACAUCACAGGUCGAAAUAAAACUGACAAGAUCCGGGUUCACUAUGAUGAUUCACCACCAAGCGCUUUGAAUGAAAUUAAGUUUAGAAGAAAUGUUCCAACCAUUCACAGGUUUGGAUCGAAGGUUACCUUGACCGUGGAGGACGUGGAUAGUGGUAUUCAUAGCAUCAACAUGACAGUUGUACGAACGAAAUCAUCUGCUCAUUUAUUCACUCAUUCAUUCAGAAUCCCCACUGUACCAAAAUCAGAAUGUCAGGAUACAUUACAAGACGAUUGUUUUUGCUCGAGAGACCAACCAGACAUGUGUCAAAAGAAAACGCAAGUUCUAGAUAUCGACAACUGCUGGCUUAUGGUUCCAAAACAUGGACUCAAAACCGAGAAAAUUGAAUUGAAGUUUCAGAUAUUUAAUAAUGCGCUUCUCAGUACGACUCGUACAGUCACCAUUAUUGACUUGAUGACGCUGAACGGAACAGAAGCCUUCCUGGGUCCUAUGCAUAUUCGUAAUGAAAGUGUUACCACGACUGGAGUUAGAAUCACUUGGGAUCACUCCCCCGCAUGCCACGAACGGACAGAAAUGUGGAUCAACUACAGGAACACAGAUGGCAAGUUGAUAAAGAAGAAGCUACAUAAAGAUGCAGUGUCUGAAGAUAUGAUAGGACUAAAACCCGGUACCAAGUACACCAUACAACUGAUAUCUCAAUAUGGAGAUAUAAUGAGUGAACCUCUCAACAUUACUUUAACGACACAAUCUCUUCCUGAAUCUGGUGGACUGAGUGGCGGAGCGGUGGCUGGUAUUGUUAUUGGACUCUUGAUUCUAAUUAUUCUUGUUGUGCUGCUCAUUGGGUUCCUGCUGUGGCGAACCGGACGAUUUCCAAGACGCAGUCAGAACAAAUAUAAAGAGUCGGCUUCUGUGUCCAUCCACAACUCUGUGUCACAAACCAAGGUGAAGAACGCGGCACCGUCAUCCAGCUCCGUGGCUGUGGCUAACAAUGCCUAUUCGCCUGAUGACGAAAUAUACCUAUACGGAAGCAUGAGUUUUGAUUCGAUGCAACCUUGGUAUGUUCAACAUAACAAUUUGACGUUGGUGAAACUCAUCCACACAGGACGGUUUGCUAAAAUCUACACAGCCACGUGGAAAGGCGCCCCUAAACAAGAGAGCGAAGUCAUUGCAAAACUGAUCAAAGACGAUCACACAGAAGAUGACGUCCUAACGAUGAUGGCAAAGAUCAACUUUGCGGCUACAAAGGUUGGAGAGCAUCCAAACAUUUUGCGUUUCCUCGGAGCUGUUGUGGACAAUGAUGAGUUGGGACCCAUAAUGGUUUUGGAAUACUGCGAGACUGGACAGCUUGACAAAUGGCUGACGAGCCAGCAAGGCAAGACAACGGAUGACACCAUCGAGAAGAUGCAAAGGAUUGCCAUGGAGAUCGCCCAGGCCAUGGCGUACUUGAAGUCACGAGGGAUUGUCCACAAAAAGCUUGCAGCAAGAAAUGUUCUUCUGACUUUUGUUCUUCAAGCGAAGGUCACAGGGUUUGGACCUCAACGUGGAGACAACAACGAAGAGGACGAGAACUCCAAAGGGGAUCGCAUUCCCAUCAAAUGGACUGCCCCGGAAUGUCUUCAGACCAUGAAGGAUGCCAAUGAAAAGAGUGACGUAUGGUCUUAUGGCGUCGUUCUUUGGGAAAUAUUCAGCUUGGGACAAACUCCCUAUUCGAACAUUCGAAACCAGAUUGACCACAACUUCCUCACAAUAUAUGGAAAGAGGCCAUUUCAUGGGUUGGGUAUGAUUGCCACACUAACACCAGGAAAGAAGACAAAUCGUAUUGUACCAAGAAAAACUAUGAACGAGCUUAAGACAACCCAUCCUCUUGUUUUCAAGAAGUUUGAACAAGCGUUCAACAUUAUUCGAAGCAGUGAUCACUUCUGGGCUGGCCUUGGAUCAGACCUGGUGAUAAAGCAGACACUGAUGCGACCUCUAAAGAGUACUGACGGCCUGACAAGAGGAAGUGGAAUGACAGAAGAACAACUGAAAUUUUCACACCUGACAGCGUGUUAUCCUGACAUGUGUGAACGAAACUCCGAGAGGAAAUCUGUCACGUGCACCCGUGAGAACGGAUUUGGCGGAUAUAAAUGUAUCAGCAGUAAGUGUCUUCUGUUGCCAUCAUCAGCAGCAUGA